AUGUCCACAGAUAAAGAUGGCCAUGGCUUAGUGGAGACAGUAGCUAUAAAAUCCGACUCUGAUUCAAACGAUGCCGUCUUAAACGAGUACAAAAAAGCACCAUGGUGGUCCUAUAUCUGGGAUUACGAUCCAGACCGAACUCGGACAGAAAGAAAAUUCAUCCAAAAACUAGAUGUAUUUCUCCUGACCAUAUUUUGUUUCGGCUACUUCAUCAAAAACCUCGACCAGACCAACAUCGGCAACGCCUACAUCUCAGGCAUGAAAGAAGAUCUCAAGAUGAACGGAAAUGAACUCAAUCUCAUUGACGUAGCCUGGACUACAGGCUAUGUCAUCGGCCAGCUGCCCUCCCAACUCAUUCUCACCAAAGUCCGCCCGUCGAUAUGGAUCCCGUCCUGCGAGUUAGUAUGGACAAUUCUCACGUUCUGCUUGGCAGCAGCGAAGACUUCAAAUCAUGUAAUCGCCAUACGGUUUUUCGUCGGCUUGGUGGAAUCUAUUUUCUAUCCAGCUGCACUUUUCCUCCUAGGAUCUUGGUACAAGCCCUCUGAGCUAGGGAAACGGGCGGGUAUCCUCCAUGCUUCAUCAGCGGGCGCGGGGAUGUUUUCAGGAUACCUCCAAGCCGCAGUCUACAAAGGACUCAACGGGGUACACGGGAAGGCCGGCUGGCAAUGGCUUUUCAUCAUGGACGGUGUCAUCAGCUUGCCAAUAUGCAUCGCUGGCUACUUCCUAAUCCCCGAUCUACCUGAGAACACGCGGGCCUUCUACCUCAACGAGGAUGACCGCAAUCUUGCUCGAAAGCGAAUGGAUGACAUUGGCCGAGCACCUCGGAGAAAACUAGGCUGGUCGAUUCUGAAGAGGGUGUUUACGAGGUGGCACGUAUAUGCUUUUGCGCUGCUGUAUAUCGUUUUUAUCAAUACGGCGUCCUCGGGGAGCGUGGUACCGCUGGCGCUCUGGAUGAAGAGUAACCACUGGGGUGUUACUGAUAUCAACGUCAUCGGUACAGGCCUCAGCGCCGUGCAACUGGUUACUACCGUCUCUUUCGCAAUACUCAGCGACUUCCUCCGCCAGCGCGCCCCAGUUAUGGUAUUGGCAGCUUUCCUAGGUUUCCUCUGUUCCCUAUUCCUAACAAUAUGGAACAUUCCCGACGGACUUAAAUGGUUCUCCUUCUUCAUGACGCGCGGUGCCGUCGUCUUAGGGCCACUCAGUAUGUCCUGGGCAAAUGAAGUCAUGGGCAACGAUGCGGAAGAGAGGGCAUUGGUGCUGGGGAUCAUGAAUGCCGGGGGUUAUGCAUUUGCGGCUUGGUUGCCGCUGCUAACAUAUCCGGUUAAGGAGGCGCCGGUUUUUAGAAAGGGAUUUGCAUGGAGCACGGCGAGUUUUAUAAUGCAGGGACUGGUGGUAGGCGGGAUUGCAUUGUUGGAGAGGAGGGAUAAACGGAGGAAGGGGAGGAGAGAGGAAGUAGUUGUCACAGAGGACUGA